CCGGCCGGGGGCGGGGCCUGGGCCGCGGCCGCAAUCCGGGCCUCCGGGACUCUGGCUGCCAGCGCCCUUAGGUGGCCCGGGUCACUCCCCUGUGUCCGGCCGGGUGCGGGCCUGGCCGACAGCUUGGUCCGGCGCCGAGGGCCAGCGCGGCUUCCGAGGUUGGGCCUGCCGCGCGGCGGGAUGCUGGAGUCUGCGCGCGCGGUGUGAGGCGGCGGCGCGGGCGGGCCGGGCCGGGGCCGCUCAUGGUGCCGCCACGACUCCACCGAGGGGCAGGAAGGCCAGGUGGGCUGAGUUCUUCAUCUCCGUUUAGACUGAGAUCUGCCAGGUUUUCAGGCUUUGCGUUUGAGGAUCUCAGAGAAGCCCUGGUAACAAGACUACAAAUGGUUUGUGUAUUUAUCAUGAACCGCGUGAAUUCCCAGAACAGUGGCUUCAGUCAGCGCAGGCGAAUGGCCCUGGGGAUAGUGAUUCUCCUGCUGGUUGACGUGAUCUGGGUGGCAUCCUCAGAACUCACCUCGUAUGUCUUCACGCAGUACAACAAGCCAUUCUUCAGCACCUUUGCGAAAACGUCCAUGUUUGUUCUGUACCUUUUGGGCUUCAUUAUUUGGAAGCCUUGGAGGCAACAGUGCGCGAGAGGGUUUCGAGGAAAGCCUGCUGCUUUUUUUGCAGAUGCUGAAGGUUACUUUGCUGCUUGCACAACAGAUACAAGUAUGACUAGCUCUUUGAGUGAACCUCUGUAUGUACCUGUGAAGUUUCAUGAUCUUCCAAGUGAGAAGCUCGAGAGCACAAAUAUUGGGCCUGAAAAAACUCCCAAAAAGUCCCGUGUAAGGUUCAGCAAUAUCAUGGAGAUUCGACAGCUCCCAUCAAGCCAUGCAUUAGAGGCUAAGUUGUCUCGAAUGUCUUAUCCUACUGUGAAAGAUCAAGAAUCCAUACUGAAGACCGUAGGGAAACUGACUGCAACCCAAGUAGCAAAAAUUAGCUUUUUUUUUUGCUUUGUGUGGUUUUUGGCAAAUUUGUCAUAUCAAGAAGCACUUUCAGAUACACAAGUUGCCAUAGUGAAUAUUUUGUCUUCAACUUCUGGACUCUUUACUUUAAUUCUCGCAGCCGUAUUUCCAAGUAACAGUGGAGACAGGUUUACCCUCUCAAAAUUAUUAGCUGUAAUUUUAAGCAUUGGAGGUGUAGUGCUUGUGAACCUCUCUGGGUCUCAGAAGUCUGCUGGAAGAGACACAACAGGUUCCAUUUGGUCCCUUGCUGGAGCUAUGCUCUAUGCUGUCUACAUUGUGAUGAUUAAGAGAAAGGUAGACAGAGAAGACAAAUUGGAUAUUCCAAUGUUCUUUGGUUUUGUAGGUCUGUUUAAUCUGCUGCUCUUAUGGCCGGGGUUCUUUUUACUUCAUUAUACUGGCUUUGAGGACUUUGAGUUUCCCAAUAAAGUGGUACUGUUGUGUAUCAUUAUCAAUGGCCUCGUUGGAACAGUUCUUUCUGAGUUUCUGUGGUUAUGGGGCUGCUUUCUUACCUCAUCGCUGAUAGGCACACUUGCACUGAGCCUCACGAUACCUCUCUCCAUCAUAGCCGACAUGUGCAUGCAAAAGGUGCAGUUUUCUUGGUUAUUUUUUGCAGGCGCUAUCCCUGUGUUUUUUUCAUUUUUUAUUGUUACUCUCCUAUGCCAUUAUAAUAAUUGGGAUCCUGUGAUGGUAGGAAUCAGAAGAAUUUUUGCCUUUAUAUGCAGAAAACAUCGAAUUCAGAGAGUUCCAGAAGACAGUGAGCAGUGUGAGAGCCUCAUUUCUCUGCACAGUGUUUCUCAGGAGGAUGGAGCUACCUAGCUGCGGUCUUCUCUAGUCCAGCUUAAGGAACAUUCUACAGUGACCAACCUGGCAAGUUCUUUGUAGAAGUGUUUCAGUGCCUAGACUGAACGAUAGAAGUUUCAGUUCUGUGAAACUCGACAUACAUUUUCCACGUGUCUGCUUUCUUCAUUUUCAACAUGAGGAACGCUCCAUGUAGGCUGUGUGCAGUCCAGUUGCCCUAAGGACCAACCUGCCUUAUGUAUCAGUUCAGUUCAUGAAAUCACUGGAAGUAAUCAAGGAGCAAAAUUCUUCUGGGACUCUGUUUAAGCAUGCUUGCUCAGUCAUGCUGUUUCCGAGAGAUCACCUAAGCGUGCCUCUGACAGGCAGACGCUCACCGGCGCUGCCUCAGUGGGUGCAGAUUAUAGUUUUGAGUUUUGUAGAUUGCAGAAUAAACUCACAGAAGAAAUGUUAGUUAAUGUCACAAGUAUGUUCAUGCGAAGUCGGUGGCUCUCUGGAGGACGAAUGUGUGAGGAAAGACCUGCUGUGAGUGUUCUACACUGUGAGAUCUCCUGGUGUUUGGCGCCUUGUAUCUUAAAAAUAUGACAAGCAGUACAGUUUUAAAGGGAAGAAUUGUAAACUGGAAAAAUCACGUAUUUCUAAAGGCUGUGUGGCAAUAAAUUAGUUGAGAAAGCUCUGUUUAAUUUAGAGUUUUAAAGAAAUAUUCUCUCUUCAAUUAAGAAAUUUUCAUAAUGGAAUGGUUUAAAUUGAAGUGAUAAAGAAUAUUACUAGAAUAAAAUGUUUGUAUAUGACUUUGUGUAUUAAACAUGUAUUGAGUAAUUUUGUAUUUUUUCACAUAUGAAUGUGCUAAAUUACUCUAAAACUGGGUGCUGCUUCUUUAAACAAUACUUUUCCUAGUAAAUUUAAAUGGUUAAAAUAAAGAAAGGCAAAGAAAAACUGCUUAAAA